CGCCAUUUAACAGAGAGAGAGAGAGAGAGAGAGAGAGGUCCGCCAGGUAUUCGGGGUUACUUGUAGAUCACGGCGUUGGCUUUUCGGGUGCAUCCCGCUAGGAAGCCGGUCAAGAAUCGAUCUCCGGCUACUGACCUCCUUUCCCGCCAGAAAUUGCACCUCAGCCGUCCGCCGAUGAGGAGCGAGUCGCGGAAGGACCAGUCGGUCUUCGAUUUCAACGCCGAAGAUGACUCUACUGAGAUUGCAUCCAUCGAGAGGAUGCGGAAAUUCAAGGGCGGAGACAACCAUAGGGCGGAAGAUAGCCGUCUAUCGAAGUACGAUUUCCUCAGAUGUUUUUCAGGAGAUGCUUCUAGUCAUCAUUCAGAAAUAAGCAAUGUUGAUGCAUGUUCAUCAAGAAAGGGUGAAAAUGAAAUGAUGGAUAUUUCAACAUCAAGGGAUUGCAAAGGAUUGGACUAUGGUGGCCAAGUUGCUUAUGAGCAUGAAAAAAUCUCGUCGAGGUGCUUUCAGACAAGGCUUUUAAAUCUUCAGGAAUUACGCGACAAGCAAUUGAACUGUUCCACUGCCAUGUUGGAGGAUCCGUCAUAUGAAGCUGCUGUUGAUAUGACUUCUGAUGAUGAUGAUGAUGAAUGCUCAACUGGAAGUCCUUUAUCAGUUUCUGUCUCUGAUUCUUCAGAAAAUGAAGGAGAACAUAGAUGCAUUGAUGGUUACUUCGAAAGGAAACAGAAAUGUCAAUUCUUUUUUGAGGAUGUCAAAAGUCAAGAGAUCAUUGUUUGUACUGAUUUCGUGCGCUAUGGAGAUAAGGUCUGUACAGAGACGUUGUUAAUAUUUAGGUCUGACUGCAUCAAAAUUGAGACAAUACGUACAAGUGAGUGUGAGCAAGAUCUUCACCUUGAAGUAGCAAUUCUUGAUGUCAAUUUCAUGGAGUGGUACUGGGUUCAAAGUGUUGCAACCGCUUAUUUUUUAGUUCAUGUAACUUCCACAGCUAAGGCAGAAAUAGAGAAAGUAUUAGGUACUAUAGGUCCUGCAAAGUUGGCAUUCGCAGUAAGUGAUCCUGGGUGGUUUGAGAAAGUACAGAUGAUUAUGUCUUUAUCUGAGAGAUAUGGAAAAAUAUCGAAGCUUGAUUAUGACUGCCUUGAUCUUAGCAAUGAAAUGAUUAGAGAAAUUGAUGAGUUUGUAAGUGAGAAAACUAUGUUUGGUGCUAACGGGUUCUCAAAUGGUAGGAUAUCUGAGUCCUUUGAAGAACUUGUUUUCCCCAAAGGAGAUUCUGAUGCUGUUUCUAUUAGUAAGAGAGAUGUUGAGCUAUUACAGCCAGAUACAUUUAUCAAUGACACAAUAAUUGACUUCUAUAUCAAGUAUCUGGAAUCCAAACUCCUGCCUGAAGACAAGGACCGAUUUCACUUCUUUAACAGUUUCUUCUUUCGGAAGUUGGCAGAUCUGGACAAAAAUCCUGGAAGUGCCUUUGAAGGCAAAGUGGCUUUUCAGCGUGUCAGGAAGUGGACACGUAAGGUUGACAUUUUUAGAAAGGAUUACCUUUUUAUACCGGUGAACUUCAAUCUCCAUUGGAGCUUGAUAGUUGUUUGUCAUCCUGGGGAAGCAGCUUUCUUCAAAGAUGGAAAAGUCAAUGAGAAUGAGAAGGUGCCUUGCAUCUUGCAUAUGGAUUCAAUUAAGGGAAGUCAUGUUGGCUUGAAAGAUCUAGUGCAAAGUUAUCUGUGGGAGGAAUGGAAGGAGAGGCACAUGGAUGCGAAGGAAGCUGCUGAAAAUGAUGUUUUGAGAUUUUCAGAUAUGCGGUUUGUUCCAUUAGAGUUACCGCAACAGGAGAAUUCAUUUGAUUGUGGCCUUUUCUUGCUGCAUUACGUGGAGUUGUUUCUGAAGGAGGCUCCUCUGACUUUUAAUCCUUUCAGUAUAAAGAAGUUCUCGAUCUUUCUUAACAAGGGUUGGUUUCCACCAGCUGAGGCUUCUCUCAAGCGUCUUUUCAUUCAAAAGCUAAUCUAUGAACUUCUUGAGGGUCAACCUUGUACAAACUGCUCCACCAUUGCAAAUGAUUGCCUUGAAGUUGCAAAGUUGCCUGAGGAGGAUUCUGAGAAUGACCUAACUGUAGAAUUGGCAUCUGAUAGAUGUAACCCUGCAGGGUUGUCUCUUGGGCGUUCGCUUGGUUCUGAUGUUGAUAGCGGAGGUGUCUCCGAGUUGUUGGAGUCCUCAACUUUUGCCUGUGCUCAAAAUGUUAAAGGUCUAUCCUAUGGGGAGGUUUUGGCAGCAGCACAUGUUGGUUCAUCUUGUGCAGAUGGGCAGUCACAUUCUUUCCAGCAUGCUAUCAACGUGCAGCAACUUGGCUGUAUUAUGAUGCCUAAUGAGAAUGAAACAGAUGUAGACUUACUUGGUACCACAUACUUGUCUACUGAAGAAGCCAACGGUGAGCCGGAAUCAUGUACAUUCUCCAGCGAAUCAAAGAGAAAUAGCUUCUUUGAGCCAGCUGCCAGUGAACUUUGCAGCACAAGUGGUCAGUGUUCAAUGCAACCUAAACCUUGUGCUGAUCGGUCUGUUUCAUGUGAAUCAAGUUCUGGUUCCCAGCCAAAACACGAUUUGUUAGAAGGAAACUUUAGUGAGAAGCCACAGACUGAUCAAGAAACUGACCACCCUCAACUCAUCGAUAGACUGGCAGACAAGCCAAAUUGUGAGUCAUCCGGAAAUGGUGAAUCUACAAGUGCAGAUGAAAGCACAAUUCCGGAAAGCAAAGAGAACGCAGAGUCUUUUGUCUCGUGCCAAGAAAAUCUCCCGUUUUCAUCCACUGGGGUUACUGAACCUUCAGAAAUGGAGAAGGGAUCUCCAUGUGUGAAAGAGGGGGCUGAGAUUGAGCCUGGCGACAAUGUGGUAUCAGUUGAUAUUUGUAACCAUUCAAGUGUGUCUGCUGCAGAUGGGCAAGAGGCCAUGGAUCUCGCUGAAGAUUACCGUGUCCAUCAGCCACAUCAUAAGCGGAUGAAGCUCAUGACUGAAAGGCGAAAUACAAGGAACAUGGGAUGCACGCCAGAGCUAUAAAUCAUUGAAAGCCUGCUGACUUUGCCAUGGAAGUUGCGUGGACAUUCCUAUCUUGACUACCAUCAUUGAGCAUUACCAGUGCAGCUCCAGGGAGUGCAUCUGUAGUCUGUUUUUGUUUUCCUAUGAUUGUAUUGUAAAAAUGUCUUCUGAAUAGCAGCUAUUGAAUAGUUGAUGGGAGAUCAUGUGUCCCCCUGCUGUGAAAUAGUCUAGAAAAAUAGGAGCCCAUUUCAAUUGGUACCCGGUAGCAUCGUCACAAAAACAGAUCAGGUAGAAGAUUAUGUGUAAGAAGUUUGGCAUAGUGGUUACCCCUACUGAAUUUUGGUACUCAAAUUUCUUCAAUGAUUGUCAAAUCUCCUGGCGGGUGACCUUGUGAAGUGAAAUAUCAUUAAUAUCGCACUUUUUAGAUG